UUCUUGGGUUUCAUAUAGUUCAUGAUACGACAAAACACCAUUAGCAUACCAUAUUCAAAAGCGGAUUAAAAGUUUUUCCGUGUCAAUUGGAGUUUAAUUAGCAGUCAUGACAAUUACAACUGUUCGGGAUCUAAAGAGAAUUCUACCCAAGACGUAUAAUCACAGAAGAGAGGUGCUGUCUGAGAUCUCAACAGUUUUGUCUCAGCACCAAUACCUUGAGGCGGUGAUGGACAGAUUUGUCUUUAAUGAUGGCAAAGUGAAGAACUUGAUAAGUUUGACUGGAACUAUUAUGGUGUUAUAUGAAGGGAACCGUUACAACAUUCCAGUGUGUUUGUGGCUGGAGGAAAGUUAUCCACACACUGCACCCACCUGCUAUGUGAAACCAUCCCGCGAAAUGAAGAUUGUGACCAGUAGACAUGUCAACAGCAAUGGAGAGAUCCGCUUGCCUUACCUGGAUGAGUGGAGACAUACGCAGUGUGACCUGCACAGUUUGAUUCAGGUUAUGAUGACUGUGUUUAGUGAGGUCCCUCCUCUUUGCAUGUGUCUUGACCCAGAAGACUCAAGUCCAGUGCACCCACAAAUAGAGUCAAUGGAGGAAUUCUCACAUGUGACUCUAGAUGAGGAUCAUCUUCUGUUCCUCAAAGGCAAUGAAACCAACUGUUAGCAUGCAAAUUGUUUUUGUUAAUGUAGAUAGUGUUUUUGCAGCAUCUGUAACCUGUAUUAUAGAAUUGACUGUUAUCUAAAAAUAAUAAAAUAAAUAAAUAAGUAAAAACUAUAAAUAGUUAGAAUAGAUGCUUGCAUAAAACUGAAAGCUUUUGUAAAACAAAGCAAAAACAAAGGUUAAAUUUGAGUGACAUGUAAGUAAUGAAAUGAUUUGUACAUUUAAGGAUUUGUCUGUUUUAUAUGUCACAUUACUUUGAUUCUGGGUCACUUUAAAUAUUAUGAUGUGGUUCUCUCCUAAUGAUUACUGCUGUUGUGAAUGUUUUUCAAUGUACACAAAAAACAAAAAAUAAAGUUGA